GGGAUUUGUUUUUGUUAUUGUUAAAUAAUAAAUAAAUCAAGAAAUGAAAAGUAAACAUUCAAUUAUUUGAGGAUUUGACAAAAUUAAAAAAAUAAAAUACAAAAUCAAAAAAACAAGCUCUGGAGCUUCUGGCAAAUGCCCUGUGGCGGCCAUCUUUGUUCCUUUGUAGAAAUUUUCCAUUUUGUGAAGGUACUCGUACGAAUUUACACUGUAAAAAUAAAUUUGACCGCUUUUUAAACCGUUUAUACGCGAUAUUUGAAUUUAUUUGUUUUUAAUUCAAUUAGCUAAAAAAGAAAAAAAACAAAUUUCCUAAUAUUUGUUUAUACUUUACACAUAUAGGAAUGCAGAAAAAUGUGUACAGAAGGUGCCCAAUUGAUAAACUUACCAUCCGAGCAGUCGGAAACCGAAUUUACUGAGAUGAUAAGCAUCAAUAUAAUUUGCAGAAUAUGUGCCAAUCAAAGCGACAAACUUAUCGGCAUCUACACAGAAGACGGACUCAGUAACGAUUUAGCAGAAAAAAUUAAUAUUUAUUUGCCAGUUCAUGUAGAGGAAACAGAUAUUUUGCCAUUACAAUGUUGUUGGCAGUGUGCUUCGACAGUACUAGCUUGGCACGAAUUGAUAUUAACAAGUCUUGAAGCUGAUCGAAGGCUUCGUUCUUAUCAAUUUGUUACUGAAAAACAGCUUCAAGAAAUCACUUCUGGCUAUGGAAAUACUGAUAAUUUAUUGGCAACUACUAAUGAUUAUGAUGAAGAAACUUUGCUAGCCACUGAUUCAAUAUCUAAAGACACUGUUCAAUAUGAAACUAUAAACAACACCGAACUAGCAAUACAAGAGACUGAAAUUGAAGAUCCUAAAUUUAUAAUAGAUGAAGAGCAAAAGGUGGAAAAAAAAAUUAAUCUGCCAGUGGAAGGCACCCUUUUAUCACAUAAUGAUAUUAAAAUACAGACUAUUGAAGUAAAAAUAGACACUGUCAAAAGUGAUAGUGAGGAAGAGAAAGAAAGUCUAUAUAAAUUUAAGUGUCUUUAUUGUCCAACUUUAUUCUUGACUAUGCAAGAUGAAGAACAGCAUGUUAAAACAAUACAUCCUAAUGAAAAUCCCAAACACAUUUAUUUCAAUGAAAACGAUUCUCAAGAAAAAUCCAUUAAAGAAGAGAACGUUAUAGUGAAAACCCCAAAAACAACAGACAAAAGUGAUAUUGGUUUAAAAGCUAAACACAUGAUUAAACAUCCCAUACCAAAAAUCAACCCAGAAGAAGUCAAAAAGGCAAAAGUAGUAGUAGAUGGGCGAACUUUUUAUAUAUGCAAAGAAUGUGGAAAAAGUUUACAUUCCAUGUACACUUAUAUGUGGCAUACAAGAAUCCAUACAGGAGAAAGACCAUAUGUUUGUAAUAUUUGCAAUAAACAAUUUCGAGUCUCUCAAGGUCUGGUGCGCCAUUUAAAAGAAACUCACGAAAGAAUUAAAAAUUUUAAAUGCGAUAUAUGCGAUCGAUCAUUUACCACUAAACGUAACGUCGAAGAACACCGUAGGAUCCAUACAAACGAACGUCCUUACAUUUGCGAAAUGUGCGGAAAAUCAUUUAAACAAAAAGCCUCGUUGUUUGUACAUAAUCGAUCUCACAGUACCGAAUUUCCGUUCACUUGUACAGAAUGCCCGCAAAAGUUCAAGACAAAAGCGCCAUUGGUUCUUCACGCAUCGACACAUACUGGGGAAAAACCGUUUUCAUGUGACAUAUGCGGCAGGAACUUUAGGAUAAAAUAUGAAUUGAAAAGGCAUAAACUUAUACAUUCGGAAGAUAAACCUUUUAAAUGUGAUUUAUGCGGGCUAGUAUUUAGACAAAAAAGAUAUUUAAGGAAUCAUUACAGACAUAAUCAUGCUAAUUAUCAAAUGCUGUUGUUGGAUGAAUUUAAUGAUACCACUUAAUUAAAAUCAAAAAAGUAUAUACAAUAAUGUGUUUGCUGGAUAUUGUGGAAUGGCGAAAAGUGUAUGUAUUGAGUUGAGGCAGCGCAAAGAAACAUUGAGAACCUGAAUAAGGUAUUUAGAUGUGAAAUCUCUAGCAUAUCGGGCAACAAGAAGAAAGUACAUAUUAUACAUUUAAAUGUCUUUAUUGGUAACAGAUUUGAAAAGAAAACAUCCCGCAAACACAUGGACAAAUAAAAAUUAUUAAAAUGUGAAAUUUCUGGCAACAAUGAACUGUUUAUUUAUAUUUGUUUGUAUGAAUCGAUCUUUUGUACCUAUUUACUUAUAAAAUCGUUGGUAUCCUAAUGAACAAAAAUUAUUUUUGGAUUUUUUUUUUCAUCUGGACUUUUUCCCUGAAAAAAGUAUCUUUUUUUAGCGAACAGAAUUCAGAAAUUCCUAACUCAAGUACUCCAAAAAAGGACUCUUCACUAACAUUGUGUGAAACUGAUAAAGACGAAGGCACAAGUGAAGAAGUACAAAUUAGUGAUGUUAAACAUACUAAGGAUAACAAUGCACCCCCUGUUAAUAUGCACCUUAUUGCUGCUGAUUGUGAGACACUAAAAAAUAAAAAAGCGUUAAGAAUCAGAAGAAAAAAAUCGGAAAUAACAAAAAACUUCAAGUGUUCUAAAUGUGAUAAAUGCUAUUUGAAAAAACAUGAUUUAACCAGACAUCUCCAAUCCAAACACGGUCAGGCAAUUAUUGUCAAUAAGCAAAAAACAGAGAAUCAGGAGCUUAUGAACGCUUGCAAAGUGAACACCACAAAAAAAGAAGUUUCAUACAAAUGCAACGUUUGCUCCAAAUUAUUUGUAAAAUCUUCCAACUUUUUAAGACACUACACCAUUCACACAAACAAAAAAGCAUACUGUUGCAGCAUAUGUAGUAAAAAUUUCAGAUGUAGUGGUUCUUUGAGCAGACAUGUGAAUGAAGUGCAUGAAAAUAUAAGAAAAUUUAAAUGUGAAAAAUGCAAAACAGCAUUUAAAAAUAAGUGGUCCCUCGAUCAGCACUCUAAUAAACAUUCCAGACAUUAUCUUUGCGAUAUAUGUGGCAAAUCAUUCAGUUAUCGUGCAUCAUUGUUUGUCCAUAAAAAGUUUCACUCUGAAAACUAUUCUUAUGAAUGUAAGGUGUGCCAAAAAAAAUUCCACCGUAAAAAUAACUUGGAAAAUCAUGUUUUAACUCACACUAAAAGCAAACACUAUGCCUGUGACAAAUGUUUUGCAAUGUUUAAUGUUAAAAAAGCAUUACAUAGGCAUUAUAAAAGUCAUUGAAUAGGGAUAUAUUAAUAAUAAAUGUGUUAAUUUAGAUAUAUUAUAUUACUAUCUUAUGAAAACAAAUUGUCACUUAAUCCUAAACAAUAUCUGUGGCAGCAUUGACCAUUGUAGCUAAAUCCUCACCCCCUUCAUUUAGUCUCUCUCUUAUCAAUUCAGCAAUAGCUCUUUGUGUUCUUCGCUCCAAUUUUUCCAAUUUCUUUGCAAUGUCCCGUUUCAAAUCCCAAUCGGGUGGUCUUGGGGCUAAACUUGUAACAUCCACUACAUCCAUUAAGAGUUGAGACUUGGCCGAUUCCAGUUGAUCUUUAACUAGUUCACCGAUAUCUUCCGGCCCAGUUUCCGAUAUGACGUUCUCUUGUAGCUUUUCAUCUGUGGGCUUAUAACUUCGGAAUAUCGGUUUGGGUAGUGAAUCCUGCUCCGCUUCGUGCUGUUUGGAAUUCGGUUCAUCGGAGGUGUCCGAUUUUCCUUCGCGUUUUCGUUUCAGGGCCAGCAAUCUUUGUCUUCUUUUGGCCGCAUUUUCUUCCAAGGACCCCGGAGUAUAAUUUGAUUGCAUUGUCAUGGGACGUGUUAUGGAAACACCUUGAAUUGAAUUUAUUUCAGCUCUUAUUUUAUUAUAAUUUCAAUUAAUAAUAAAUCAUCAAAUGAAGAUAAACAAACAGAAAACAUAACCAUACUUUUCGUUCUUUUGAGUGACAAAUGACAACACUAGCGUUUUCAUUUGUUCUGGCUCCAAUUAGAAAUUCGGGCACGCUUAAUUUUGGUGCGUAAAAUCUCCCAUUGCUUUAUUCACUCUAAUUGUAGUUUAACUUGUGAAAUUGGUUGAAUUUUUGGUCGAAAAAACCCCGAAACAGUUGAGCAUUGACAGUAGGCGUCAUAAUUUUUCCAAAGGUUAUCCGUGCGUUUGCUAUUUUCGGUGAAGGCUCAUUAGCGUUGGUUUAUUAAAAUUUCUGGCACUCUGAAACAGCGUUCAACUGCUCUGUUCGCUCGCUGGUCACAUGAUUACGGCUCCGCUCAGCACGCUCUGCUCUUUGAGCAAAAUACCGAACGCAAGAUUAGUUCGAUUAUGUUGAAUAAUAUGAGAAUUACCCAAUAACAUUUGUAGGGUGUUCAUUUGUACCAAGGAUACUACACACUACUACUACAGGAUAGCCUAUCCUUAUUAUGCCUGUGUGAAACAAAUCUGAAGCCCCCUACCACGCAAAAUCACCAAUUGUGAUGUAGGCAGCAUGCAUUUUCUCGCCUUGACAUAGGCUGUUUGCACUACAGGUGAUGAUUCCGCGGGCUUUUGCUUUAUGCAUACUUGGUUUUACCACAUUAAUUAACAUUCUGAAACAACUCUCUUUUAGAUCUCGUUCUCAUCUUACUCUUUGCCUAUCGUGGUAAUCAAAAUUGAAUAAUAAUUUUCUUCACAAAUUUAAAUUCUAAACUACGACCGCUAGUGCAAACAGCUGACGACUAAGUUAUGACGUCGGAAAUGGGGACACACCAAUAUGGCGGCGAUUACCAAAAACGAGGCCGAUAAGCAAUCUUUAGUAGUGUGUUUUAUCCUUGUGGUGACAUGACAUUCAGAAGGUGACGUUCUAUCAUUUGAAAAGUAGAAUCGUUCAGCAGAACCUAGAGUUUACCCAACGUAUUCUGUUGGUAUUUGCGAACUGUUUACAAUCCGUUUCGGUUCUGGUGAACGCAGUCAAUAAUCUUAAUAGCCUAGUGCUUUUUAUCGUGCAGAGAAUCGUAUUCGAUUGGUAAACAGCUCCGUUCAGAUCGAUCUGAACGGAGAAAAUAGGUUCAACUCGAUAACUGCCACUUGUUAGUUGUUCCUUUGGUGUAGUAGAAAGCUUUCUUUUUUUUAUAUUUGAUCUAGCUGAACCGGCAAUAUUCUUAGCUCACUUCUCGUGAUCUAGAGUGGAUCUAGAUCAUUUUUUUGGUGGUAGGGGUAAACUGAUCCAACUAUAAUUGAACUCGGUCUGGUUCACUUAAAUUGAACCGGUCGAUCUAAUCUGGUCAAUCGAACGCAGCUCAGAUUGGCGUGCUCUAGAGCACUACAGAACCG